AAUCCCAACCGUGAAAGUGUCUUGUGGAGGCGGACAUUGUUGUGCUCAAUGUCCAGCCCAAUAAUGGCCACAAACCGUGGCGGUACGCUGAAGAAAACGGACCGUUUUGAAAGCCUUCUACUUUUUGGUGCAUUCCACGCUUAAAAAUGAGGCGUUUGUGAGAAGAAGCUGCUGCUUUCUCACCGAAGUGGAGAGCCCAGAGAGCGAGAGUCCAUCAAGCCCGGAGUCCAAUCUGGAUAGCGAGUGGCGACCACCGCGAUACAAACACAACAUCGAACAUCUGUGUUGUGCAUCGUAGCCUGCUGGAUUUUAAAAAACAAAAACAAAACAAAAAACACCCAAAAAAACGGCGGUGGAUCUGGCGAAAGAUUUUGCAGGCUGUUGCUACCUUAAAAACAAGCAUCGUUCUCAUCAUCUGGUGAAGGUGAGAUAAGCACAGUGGCCGUUCCCUUGCUCCUGGAGGCCUGUUUUGCAGCUGCUUUUUUUUUUUGUGAGGGGGGUGCUUUUUCCACAGAUUUUUUUGAACGACAGGCACAAAAUUGAGCACAAAUGUCACAUGAAUCCGUGCUGGUGUGAAGUUUGCCCCCAGAAGACACACUGGAUGAGGGCGGUCAGUUUAUGAACCAAUUGCAUCCUCUCAGCACUUUCACAUUUUCUCAGGGUUGAAUUUGAGGAGAAGAUGAGCAACGAAGGGGAGAUCCUGACGCGAGAGCUGUCGAAGAUGUCGGACGAGGACCUGCUGGCGUGCUCCAAGGAAGAGCUGCUGAGUCGUCUGCGCAAGGAGGAGUCGGAGAAGAUCUCUGCCCUCAUCCAGCGGGGGCGUCUCAUCAAGGAGGUGAACAAGCAGCUCCAGGGCCACCUGCUGGAGAUCCGGGAGCUCAAAGUCAUCAACCAGCGCCUGCAGGAGGAGAACGUUGAGCUGCGGGACCUGUGCUGCUUCCUGGAUGACGACCGGCUAAAGGUGAAGAAGCUGGCACGUGAGUGGCAGCAUUUUGGCCACCACGCUGCCAAAGUCAUGCGGGAGGACCUGGGCGGCUACUUGAAGAAGCUGGCCGAGCUGGAGCGCACCCAGGACGGCCUGGUCAAGGAGAACCUGGACCUCAAGGAGCUGUGCCUGGUCUUGGAGGAGGAGUGCGUCAGCCGGAGCGACUCCAGCCCCGGGGGGUCCACCGAGCUGGCGCUGCCGUGCAUGGUCGCCAGGGACCUGGGGGACGGGAGCUCGAGCACGGGAAGCGUGGGGAGUCCGGACCAGCUCCACUUGGUGUGCUCGCCGGAUGACUGAUGCGUCAACAAGGGCUUCGAAUUUGGACACUGAGGGCUAGACACAAGGCCUGUGGUCGGAAUCGUUCCCUAAUCACAAAGAUUUUUAUGUAAUGGACCUAGAUAGAUCUUUUAAAACUUCCACUUAAAAACCCCGUGUCGGGGAAUUAGGCGGUUAGUAAUGAGCGAAUGUUUCCGAAUCCAGCGACUACGUUCGGAAUCAUUCAUCAUUCCCGCUGAAAAUACGUAAUAGGGAUUCUUAUAUAGUGAACUACAUAGUUCACGAAAGAGUCAAAAUCUUGAAAUAGUAAUUAGGGAGUCCGAAAAGAGUGAUUAAUUCGGAAUCAUUCACUAAUUCCCUAAUCAGUAAAAUGGGAUUUUUAGACCCAGAAAAAAAAUGAAAAGAAGUGGGGGAUCAGGUCAAAAGACAUGAAUAACUGAGAAUGUAGAAAAAAAAUACUAGGAAUAAGCGGGGGGUUCUGCAAAUAAUGUGGGAUAGCCCCCCCCCCAAAAAAAUCUGAGAAUAGGUGAAUAGGGGUCCACUGUAAUGACAAAAGUCUGCCAGCUUCGUGCUAACAUAAUGUGAAACGCCAUAGACAGGCUAAUGGGAAUUAGCAAAAUGAUGAAAAACCCUCAAACAAAUGGCACAUCGGCAAAACACAAACGGCAACAUGAAUUACACUCCGUCUACGCCCAGGAGAGCUCAGUGCUGCCUGGCAUGUUGUGGCACAACAUGGUACUACACGAUAACGUGGUACUACAUGAUCACGUGGUCUCGCGGUGGUUCACUGUAUUGCUUUUCUAGUGACCAAUAGGUCUUCGCUACUUUUCAAAAUGCAUUGUGGGCUACAUUGAGGGCAUUAUGUAGGAGAACCUAUAUUCACUAUACAAUCGACCAGUACUACAAAAUGGCGAAGUGACUCUAUAGGGCGCUUUAUAGUGGAUAGGAAGUGAUUCCGAACACAGCCAAGCUGUUCCAUUCAACUACGUGAGCCUUUUGUAUGCUGCAAGACUCGCUGUGUGCCACAUCGCUGACAUUUUCAGGACUUUUCACAGACGUUUCUAGAUGUUUGCCACUUGAUACUGUAGGUUUAGAGCAAUUUUACAGUUUUUCUAAUGACUCUUCUGCAAAAUCCUUUUUCAGUGGUUUGUUGUUUAGGGGGGAAAAAAGUAAUGGGACCAAAAAGUGGGUCGCAUUAAUCUAUCUCAUGCACUGGACUAGGCUUGCAAAAAGGGUGGAAAUUUUCCAGUAAGUUUUUGUUUCUGGAAGUUAACGUGGAAUUUUAGGAACAUUCCAAAUUGGAAACAUUCCAUGGGAAUUUAUGGGAAUUGAGGGUAAUUUACUUGCAAGGUAUCUCAUAUAAAUAUUGUUUUAUCGUGAGCAGACAUCCAUGCAAAAUAGGUACAGUGGCUGUCUUUGUCCACAUUCAAGGGCAUUACAGUACCUUAAUCACACCAUUGAUUAUUUUUAUUUUUUUUUUUAUUUAUUUUUUUUUUUUUACUUCACUCAACCGGCGGCAUAUUCUUCUUGCCAUACUUACUUGCAUGAAAUCUAGUUUUUCUUUUUCUUUAGGGUUAUGCUCAAAUAUAAACUACACCUAUUUUUAAGUUACCUAUUAAGCGCCAACUUUCAAUUUAGUUAAUUUUGUGGUUUAUUCCCAUAAAUUUCCUGUUGAAAAGUUUCCACCCUUUCCUGGAGUUUUGCAACCCUACACUGGACUAGCCUACACUGGUAGAAAAAAAAAGAGCCUUUUUUUUUCUAUUGCACUGGACAGCGUUACGGUUGGUCUAAAGAUCAAUUUCAAUCCAGUUUUGAGCCAUAUUUAGUACAUGGAAUCCCAACAACACUGAAGUGGAGUUUGAGGGAGUGAAAAUUCGCCAUUUGCGACCAACAAUGUGUCCUAUUUUAUGCGCUGUCCACCUCAGGACCAGGAUGCGAGUGCCAUACAAUGAGCGUGGCCAUCGUUUGUCAAGCAGUCUGAGGUGACGGCCCUUCAGGUUUUACAGGAGGCACGCAGAAAGACGAGCGAGCGAUAGAUGUCCUCGGACCUCACUCAGAACUCAAGUGAACACUUAAAAAAAAUAAAAAAAAUCCAACUGGAAAGUCUUUGUAUCAAACUGGAAGAAGUUCGAAUGCUUUGGCUUCAUCUUUCUACUGUUUUUUGACUGAGUUGUUGUUGAUGUUCACUUAACACACAGCACAGACUUUGAGUUGCAUCUUUCUGUAUGCUUUGUAUUUACAGUACAUUGUAACAUUAAGGAUAGUUUACACUACUCACAAAAUGUUGGGGAUUUUGGGGCGAAAUUUCAGGAUUAACGCCAAAUACACUAUGACCUAUUGCCGUACUUUUGUUUUGAAAGGUUUAUAUGUUGCAAUCAAACUGAAUUUAAAAAACCGUUAUCUAGCACUGAUUUUUUUUUUCUGUCCAUUUUUUUAUCAAUUUAAACAAAUUCAUAUUAUUUUUUGUCAAUGUUAAUAUCAAUUUAUAGUUACAAUUUUUUUUUGUCAAAGUAAAACUCAGUAGAAACAAUGUCAGUGUUAUAAUCAAAUUAAAGUCAUGUUAAAAUAUAUUCAAAAUACAUUUAGAGUAACAAUUUAACCAUGAAUUUAUGUAACAUUUUAAAAAUGAUUUGUUUUUUCUUUUGUCAUGUUAGAAUUAUUUCGUACUUUUAAAAAACUUUUGUCAAUGUUAAAAUAAAUUCUGAGUGACAGAAGAAAACAAAAACAUUUUAAAAUUUUAAAUAAAUUCAGGUAAAAAAUAUUGUGUUCAUGUUAAAAUAAAUUCAGAGUAAAGAAAAAUAAGUUUUUAUUUAUUUAAAUUUGUGUGACCUCUAAAUUUUGCAUGCCCAAGGUUAUUUUUUUGUUAGUUUUGUUUUAUUACUAAGGUUGUAUGCAGUGUUGCCAAUUUAGCAACUUUUGUUGCAAAAUCUGGCAACUUUCCAACUCCUCUUAGUGACUUUUUCUCUCAAAAGCAAGUAGCGACUUUUUCGAAUGUUUUGGAGACGUUAAAGCGUACGACUGUAUAUCACUCUGCAGUUGAGGUCCUACAACGAGCAGCAGAUGCUGCCGUGAGCCCCUCCGCCACUGCAACGCACUCACGGGCGGUCAGGUUCACAGUAGCCUGGCGGAGCAGUCCCAGACAGUGGAGUAACAGGAGGAGGAGCUUGUGUUUGCAUCUGUGUGAAACACACGGCCAUUAAAAAAAAAAAAAAAGAAUUAAAAGAAAAUAUGGCUCAGAACUGCAACUUGGUUCCAAUCCCGUUAUCGGUCAUGUUAUCGUUCAUGUUAGUUCAGUCAAUAUAUUCGGCUGGAUGCGGAAUGUCACAACCCUCCAGUCUUUUCAUCAAAUUUGAUCAUCUAACAUUUACCAAUACAGAACAACAUUUGAAUGGAAAGGAAACUAAGAACCAAGUUCAUUUGCAGAUCUAAUCCUACUUAGCAUUUUUUAAACUCACUUUAUCUCUCCAACGUUUUUCCUCUUUGCUACGGCGUCCAUUGCAAUCAAUUGUGCAAAUGAGGCUAUGACAUAAUCUAGCGACUUUUAGGACAGCCAACAGCUACUUUCCUCACUGAGGAGUUAGCAACACUGGUUGUAGGCCUUUCUGUGAUUCUUCCAGUCACUCUGUUGAGACCUGCUGAUGACACUUUGUGACAUUCUCAUAGCUUCUUAAAAUGUAUAGUGCAACAGAGAGACGGCAACGGUUACAGAAAGGCAUAGGAACUUUCACCCGAAUGCCGAAUAUCCCUAGCUUUUUGUGAGUACACACUGUAUAUCUUUGAACCCUACUUUUCUCUUGAUUUCUAUGUAUUACCCGGCAUUGCCGACCAUUUUAGUUGAAAGAUCCCACGGGCGAUGCACAGGAUUUAGCUGUUUUAUUGGUGGGCUGUGUGCUCAUUGUGCAUUGAAGAGCUUUCAAUACAGUGCUAUGACACUCGCCACUGCGCUGUCCUUUCUUUGUGCGAUACACCCAAGUACACGAAGCGCAGUGGCGCACUGACUGACUGACACGAUUGAUUUGUGCACGUGUGCUGUGUUGACCUUUUCCCCCCGGCAAGAAAGACCAUAGAUCACAAAUAACUUAAUUACAAUCACAGAAGGCAAACUUACAAUAGUAUAGUAUAAGUAACUAGAAAUAAACCAAUAGAUACACAUUCCCAAUUACCAUAAGUCUUGGGUAAAAGUGCAGUACCUUGACAGAAAAUAACUUUGGUAGAAGUCACCUUGUUGUAAGUCCAAACAUACCUGACAUUUGUUGUACUUAAAAUAGUAAUUACCUGAUAUUAAAUGAUUGGAAGUAAAAUAAAAAGAAGUAUUGAAAAGACAGUGAGCAGUUAUAGUUUUGAAUAUGUCGGCAGUGUUUCUUAAACUUAUUACACCAAGUACCCCCUAAAAAAAUAUUUGGUUCUCCAAAUACCAUCAUAAUGACCAACAUUAAACUACAGUAGGUAGUAGGCCUACGUGUUCAACAAAAAUUAGGUUUUAUUCCUAAAAAGUGUAUUAUUGUAAGCUACUGUAACUCUGCGCUUAGAUAUAGGAAAAUAAACUACUUAAAUAAUGAUUCAAUUAAAAUGUAUUGCACAGUUUUGAAAAAAAUAUACCAAAACAAACAGCUCUAAAAGAUUGAAUGCAAAUGCAUUAUAUUUCAAAGUUAAAUACAACAGAACUAUAAUUAACAAUUGUACUGUACUGGAUUAAAACAAAAAUGUCAGCCUCUGUAACAUUAAGCACAGUUUGACGAUUUAAUUUAGUGAUUCUUUUGCAUAGCACGAGAGGGAGCCCACGUGUCACCAUUUGAGAAUCAUUGCAAUAAAGCGUAUCACCCAGAAGCAAUGGAAAGACGCUUGACCUUGCCGGUUGGAAAAUUGUGUGCCAGACAAUUCUUCUGUUUUUGUGCUCCAUGGUUCAGGCAUCUCGUCAAUCAACAAUUUCUUCCGAUUUUAUUUUGUAGUAACAAAGAUAGUUUCAGGGAAAUGUAUUGGAAUAAAAGUAUACCUUUUAAAUGGGAAAAUGUGGUAGAGAAAGAGGUUAAGUUGCCAGAAAUAGACAUAACGAAAAAGUACAAAUAGGUGAAAAGUAUUUGUAUUUUGUAACAUUAGAAGACGACAGUGCUUGUAAGGGGGUCCUUUUCGGGAGCUCCCCGAAUCCCGGCGUGUCAUUGCAGUGUCUAUGAGGCUUUCCAGUUAUGUUGUUGAUAUGGACCAAUAUCAGCCAUCUUUCGGAACCCCUUACUAGCCAGCCAGCUGCCAACAGUGCCUAGUAGGGCCCCUAUGAGGGGAAUUCCAGACACGUUUUUCUACGCGGGUUCCAUUUCGUGUCGUUGAUUUGGACCAAUAUCAGCCACCUAUUGGGGCCCCAUACUAGCCAGCAAGUAGCUAGUAAGGGGGGAUUCCUGACACGUUGCAGUGUCUAACGCAGUCCCGUUGUUUAGUCAUUGGUAUGGGCCGCACAGGCUUCAUUUGACAGCACGGUGCAGACACACACUGAAUUCUCCCCUCCAGCUCGCCAUCUGUCCCUUAUCUGUGUCGCUAACCCACUUUGAGCAUAGCAAGCCGUUGCCCUCAGAGACAAGCAUGUACAGCAAGUGAGUCACUUCCAUUUCCGGAAGCAGAGGACGAGCCGUACGAGAGUGGACGUUAACAUUUAUCCAAAAUCAUAACGUAUAUUAUUAUAAAGCAGUAUUUCCUGUAACAUUUAUUCAGUAAUUGACAUGAGAAGGCUCUCCGGGCACACCAUGAGACCUGCCCCCCGACUUGUUUUGCCAGUUGAAGUUGGCGGCAACAAGUUUUUCUCUGGCCAACCAAUCAGAUGACCGAAAACACGUUGAUGUCAUUGAGUGAGGACGAAUUUGAAAUUUGAUUGGUUAAAGAAGCAGGCCCCGUUGUAAAAUGACAUAGUUUAAAUUCCGUUGUGACACACACAUGAGGAAGCAGUGAAGCCCAGAGAAACGCUAAUAAUGAAAAGAAUGGACUGUUGUGAAUGAAUGAAUGAAUACAAUGUCAGGCAAAAAAUAUUAGAAUUGAUGUUGUAAAUGUAGGUCAGUGCUUCUGAUGAUUUAGGCCAGCAGAGAAGGCCUUGCAUGAUCUUCAUCUCACUUUACUCACAAGUGAGCGUGAAAAGUGAUCCCGUUA